AUGAGGAAUCAUGGGCAAAGGCGAAUAACACCCUCGAAAGACCUUCAAUGGAUAGACUGUUAUCCUGGUGGCUUCCAGUGCGGUCGUUUACUGGUGCCACUAGACUACAACAACCCCGACGAAGACUCUGCAGCAAUCGCACUCGUUCGUCUGCCAGCUAGCGUACCUACGAAUAGUUCAGAAUAUCUUGGUCCUAUCUUAUUCAACCCAGGAGGUCCAGGAGGGAGUGGUGUUGAUUAUAUCACGUCGCUGGGGGCGAAUUUCGCGACGGUCGUGGGCAGUCAGUUUGAUAUUGUUGGAUUUGACCCUCGCGGCGUAUCACGGUCAACUCCACGUGUCUCGUUCUUUGAAUCCCGCGUCGAGAGGGUGCUAUGGGGUGCGUCGGGCGCCGGAGAACUGAAUCAUUCAGCCAUAACAAUCGGAAGUUCAUGGGCUCGAAAUAAGAUAACGGGGCAGCUUGCUGUGGAGAGGGACCGGAACGUGUUGGCUCAUAUUAACACGGACCAUACAGCUAGAGAUAUGUUGCGGAUCACCGAAGCUCAUGGAAGAGAGAAUUUGCAAUAUUGGGGUGUCUCAUACGGAACUGUUCUCGGGUCUACGUUUGCUGCUAUGUUCCCUAAUAAAGUCCACCGAUUAGUUAUUGACGGGGUUGUUGACGUCUCAGACGACUACUACACCACCAAAUGGACAACCAACCUCCGAGAUACUGACCACGUCUUGCAGUGGUUCUUCAAAGACUGCCUCAAAGCCGGUCCUGAAAACUGCACAUUCCACGAACCCUCAAUCGAAGCCAUGAACACCAAACUCAACGAUCUGUAUUCCUCAAUCAUCCAUUCUCCUGUUUCAGUCAAAACCAACACUUCUUACGGUAUCGUCGAUUACGCAAGGUUACGGUUGACCAUCUUUGUAGCGUUCUAUAAGCCUUUCGCGGUUUGGCCCAUGUUGGCAACCGGGCUACAGGAUUUGAUACAAGGAAAUGGAACGGUUUUGUAUAACAUCCUAGAUCAGCCAAGCUUCCGGUGCUCUUGUAAUCCGUUGGAACAUGCGUUUGAUAGUGUUCCGGAGGCGAUGACGGCCAUUGCAUGUAACGAUGGGGAUCUGAUUCCGUCUGGUCUGGAAGAUGCUCUUGAGCAUUAUAGAGAGGUUUUGAAGGUUUCGGAGUGGGGGUCUGUGUGGGCAGGUAUUAGGAUGAUGUGUGGGGGUUGGUCAUCGGAUAUUCCGAAGACGCAGUUCCGAGGGCCCAUCGUCGGGAACACCAGUUUCCCGCUCUUACUUAUCGGUAAUAUCGCUGAUCCCGUAACACCUCUUUGGGCUGCACACAAAGUUUCCAAAGGAUUCCCUGGAUCUGUUGUUCUAUCUCAAGACUCUGCUGGACACUGUUCUAUAGCAGCACCAUCUAUCUGCACAGCUCUUGCGGUUCGAGAAUACUUUGUGAACGGUACUUUACCGAAAAGUGGGACACACUGUUCUAUCAUUGGUUCGCCGUUCGCCCCAAAUCCGCCGGCUAGAGGAUCUGGAAGCGGCGGUUCCGAGAUCGACUCCGGGGGUCAGACUCAGAUCCCACUCAAGCUGGGUACGGAAGUGGAAGAUAAUGACGACCUUCUGGAGGCUUUGAAGGGACUUGCGGGAUUCAGACUUGGUGGAUAUGGAUCCGGAAUGACACCGCUUCAUGUUUGA